AUGAGAGUAUCAAGUUUAGCACUUCUUACCGUUUUAGGCAUUGCAUUGAGCACGGAAGACAUCGCGGGUAAUGAUGCCCCUAUUGAAAGAAAACAAGCGCAAUUCUCCAUUACCUAUGAUGUUUUGGAGAGUACUCACAAUGGUUUGGAAACUUUUAUGGAGUUUGAUAAUGGUGAUAAUAUCACAUUGUCCUAUAACUUCACCAACAAAGAAGAUACAGAUGUCUCUGUCAUUGCCUUGGGCGGGAGCGUUUUCGAUUUGAAAGACAAUGAAAUUGCUGCAAAUAUCACUGCCACACAAAUAGGUCCUUUUUCAGUUGAUGUUAACGAUACCAUUAAUUUUCAACAAAGAAUAAACCUGAUUUUGAAUGAAGGCGAUUACUUCCUGUCACCACAUGUUUAUGUAUCCAAAUACAAUGAAACGAUGAAAGUUGUAUCCAGUCCAAGUUUAUUAAGAAUGCUUCCACCAGCCAUGAGCUUCUUUCAUCCUAAAUUUUUGUUUGUGCAGCUCACAUUAUUAGUUAUCAUUGCUGUAAUCACUCGCAUUUUCCUAGGAUACAACACAAAAACAAGGCGGUCUGGAAAGCCUGCGGUGACGAACAAGGUUGCAAUGGAUUCAUGGCUUCCAGCAAACCAUCAAAAAGCUAACAAAUAA